UACCUACCUACCUAAUAUUAGUAACAGUUGCCUUGGACUUUUGUCGGCUUCAGGUAUUCUUUCAAGUUUGAAACGAACCAAGGGUUGCUGAUCUUUAUUGGCGCUUCCAGUCAGCAACUAGGCAGACCAGAGAUCUGAGAACACCAGUCACAUCGUGUUCAAUGACAGUUCUGGUACAAGAAAUCGCAAAGCCUCAACUCAGCCUCAAUCCAGGCGCCUAUCUGUCUGUGCCUUUUACUCGUGCCUGUCUGUUUGCGGUACUUUGAAGGAAUGAGUAAAGCGCCAGCAACUUAAUAAACAUGCCAUUCUCACUCGACGAUAUUGACCUGAUCUUUAGCUUAUUUCGUUGAUCCCGCCGUCUCGUUCUCGAUUGGGCUGUUUGCUUCGCGAAUCGCUGUGUAGAUCCUUCGUGAACGGGCCCUUCCGCCUCCGGGCUGUCAUCAAUAUAAUUGCUGAUUACAACCCCGCAAACCUCCCCUCAAGUCCAUAUUACCAUUAGCGAAAAUGGGCAUACGCGACAUUCUCAAGAAGAAGGACGACCUCUCCACGGGCCAACCGCCUGAGAAAGGCACUAUCGAUCAUCUGGCAGCCCCCGAGUUUACCAUCAUCCGCUCCGACACCUCAACCCAAGAGCGCAUCUACCCGCCCUCGAUGAAGUCUGUCGACAAUCUACAUCUCGCAGUUCAAGAACCCAAAGAAAAAGACAAGUCCCGGCGAUCCCUCGAUGUCUUCCGAUCUGGUCGAUCACGCUCUGCUUCAGAGUCGAGCCAGACAAAGAAAGAGAGCGGCGCCCGUCGUCUGUCUCAGCGACUGCAUCUGAGCCGGGCACCUCCCUCGUCCGAGAACGUCCCCGAGAACCUGCCCGACAUUGUCACAUCAGACGAGGCGCAGUGGGAGAAGCGCGCGACUAUGCUGGCGGGUCAGAAUAACCGCGCCAGGAGCAACAGCAGGCCAGGCACGCCCUCGGACAGCAGUAGAGGCGAAGAGCGUGCUGUUUCGUCGCAGCAAAUUGAUCAGGAUAUUCAAGAAGCCAUUCGCCUACACGAAGAGGGGAAACUGGAGUUGUCAACGCGCAUGUUUGGGCGGCUGGCUGAUCCUCAAGGCGCCAACAACCCGCUCAGCCAAGUGUUGUACGGCCUUGCUUUAAGACACGGAUGGGGUUGCGCUCCAGACCCGGAGGGUGCUGUCAAGUAUCUUUCAGCUGCAGCCUCCAAUUCUGCAUCAAUUGAGCAGAUGGCUCUCCAGGCGGGCAUGAAGAAGGGUGGAGCUGCAAAGGGAGAGCUUGUUCUCGCCAUUUUCGAGCUGGCCAACUGCUUCAGGCAUGGUUGGGGUAUCGAAAAGGAUGCCUACGCCGCCAAGCAGUAUUAUGAGACUGCGGCGAAUCUAGGAGAUACUGACGCCAUGAACGAGAUUGCCUGGUGCUACGUCGAAGGCUUCGGGUGUAAGAAAGACAAGUUCGCGGCAGCUCGGUAUUAUCGACUGGCUGAGAAGGCUGGUAAUAAGACACUAGGGAACUCUUGGAUCUGGAAGGAGAAGUACGACCCUCUGGGCGAGGGCAACCGCAAGUAGUGCAACUGUAGCCAUGUGCCACUGUGACCGAGAAGUGCAUCUCCGCGAUGUAUAUGUCGUAUAAGUCAAUCAAAGAGGAGGAGGAGAAGCAGAUGGGACAGUCAACCACAUGGUUCCGAUUCGCCCUUUUGGAUGACCAGCCAACUUUUAUCCCGUAUUGAUGUAACUAAUUUAUUGGGGUGUCUUGCUCACAUCGACAUACCUAUAUGUAUACUUGCCAGAUACGGUUGGGUGGGGGUUUAUGUGUGCUUGUGUCUCGAUAUCUUACUAUUCUUAAGUAUAUAGAUAGAGUACAGGGUGUUUCCACCUUGCCUCUUGUUGUAAAUAUCGCAAAACGGUAUCUGAGUGGUUCUCUACUACGUACAUAUGGCUAGGGUGAAGACCAUUGGUGUAGUGUCGCA